GCUGACACCAGCCCCGGCUCCAUCUCCACGAGCCCGAGGUCCAACGCCUCCUCCAUCGCCUACUCUUCGCUCCCCGGCCCGGCCUUCUACCCGCAACAACAACAACAAAUAGGCGGCGUGGCGCAACCGUAUUCGACCACCUCCCCCGUCUUCGCAAACACGGCCAGCUACCCCCAGCAGUCCUUUGGGCACCCGAGCUUCCUGACGGCUGACCGAGCGAUUUCAAGAGCGGACGGUUCGCAAUCAGUAAUGUUACCUCCGGCUCGCUCUCCAGGUCUAGGUAAUCCCGUGUCACCGUCGCUCAGUACGACCGCGCGAGACAAUUAUACCACUUCAACGCCUGGUCUACACCGCCACGGCGCUCUAUCUCCACGCAGCCACGCCGAUUCCCUCACCAACAGAACCCCCUACUCUUCCGUGCCGGAUACCCCCAGGAGCGUCCUGUCUCAACAAUCCCUCUCGCUGUCUCCUCCUGGCGCAAUACCUCCCUACACCAACGCCGCAACCAUGCUCACCUAUCCCACCCAGCAUGAUACGCGGCAGCAGACCGAGUCACCCCCGUUCGCGGAUCAAGAGACGUUCCACGAGAUCAGCAGCGACGGGCAGAUCAUCGUGCCGCAGAUCACUUGCCGUGUCGAGAAGGGCUUCUUCUACUCCUUGGACCGCACUUGGACAUGCUAUCGCAGGAACUACUUCUCUGUUGUGGCCUCGUACAGCCUUUCUCCUCAUCUCCCUAAUGCCCGGCUCUACCUGGACCGUGGCAGCAGAAACGGCCCCGAGCAAAUACAAGCAAUGGCAGUCACGCUGUCUGCGGCCGUCGACGGGGCGUCUGGAAAAUCCAUCGAGCUGGUGCAACAUACACCGAAGCGCGACAAGGGCCCUCAAACGUCGAUCAAGAUGGAGAAGCUUGCCCCCACGCCCCCAAAUAAGACACAGACAGACCCCCACGGGUACCCCAUCAACACCUUUCAUACUUCCGCCGCCAUGGCUUCUCCAUACCUUCCUCUCCAGGCAGACCCAGAGCAGCAGUACUCGCCAGCAGGCCACUCGACUAGCCACCAACACACUUUUGAGCGCAUCCAGUUCAAAUCGGCGACUGCGAACAACGGCAAGCGGCGCGCGCAGCAACAGUAUUACCACCUCAUCGUCGAACUCUACGCUGACGUGCGGCGGCCGGGCGAGCAAACUCCCGACUGGGUUAGGGUCGCACAGCGUGUGUCAGCCGCCGUUGUCGUUCGGGGAAGGUCACCAAGCCACUACCAACACGAGGGACCGCACAGUGCUAGCUCGUCGCGCGGCGGGCCUGGGACUGGUAGCGGCGCCGGUGGCCCAGGUCACCAGGCCUUUGGAGCUCCUGGCGCACCGGGCGCAGCCGGCCGCGGUCUUCCCAACAGCCUCGCAAUGCUCGGAGGUGCAGGCAUGGGCGGAGCUGUCUACCGAGGUAGUCAAUACCCCCUUGACCCUAGUCCUGUCGGGAGCCAUUCCGUCAGUUCCGCCAGCUCGAUCAGCGGAGGCCCCGUCGAGGGCUUAGUUGGCGAACAGGCCUUGCUUGACGAGGACAGUAAAGCCAUGGACCACUUCGACGGGUACCAGUAUUAUCCCAGUCCGCUCGCUGAGGCAGGUCUCCCUGUCGGGCCCAAGCCGGAAUAUGACCCGUCCAAGAGGGUCAAGGCCGAGUACGGUGAGACUAUCCCGUCGUCAUGGAGCAUGGGCAGCUGUGGCCGCUUCCAAGGUGUCGAGACAAGCCGUGGCUACUAUCCUGACCUCAACGCUGGCGCUGGCUACUAG